AUGGUCUUCCAAGUCAACGUACCAGUUGGUGAAGCAAAACAGGGCGAAACCGCCCCGCGCCGGAACUACAAAGUUGCCGACGGGGCUGUUUCGCGUCCUGCCGGAAUCAAAGGCUCCACUGUUUUUGACUACUUCAAUGAGUGUGUUGCCAUGAAUAGCCGUCACAAGGCCCAGGCCUGGAGAGACCUCAAGGCAGUGCAUAUUGAAACAAAGAAGGUGACCAAGCUCGUUGAUGGACAGAUGCAGCAAGUAGACAAGGACUGGACCUAUUACGAGCUUUCAGACUACUCCAGCAUCACCUUCACUGACUUGCAAGAGCUUGUGAAUGAUUACGGCCGCGGAAUUGCAAAGCUGGGUGUCUUGCCCGGCGACGUGGAACGUCUGCACAUCUUUGCUUCGACCUCGGCCAAGUGGAUGCGUACUUAUCUUGCCACUCAGACCAUGGCAAUUCCAAUUGUCACUGCUUAUGAUACGCUUGGUGAGGAGGGGCUGACCCACUCUCUUGUUGAGACCGGCUCUGUUGCCGUGUUCACUGACAACGACCUGCUGGUGAAGCUGGUCAACCCACUGAAGAAGGCUGACAAAGUGAGAUAUAUUAUCCACUCAUCGCCGCUUGACCCAGCCGACAAAAUUGCAAAUGGUGCGUACUAUGCCAAAGCUGCUGCUGCCAUUGAGAACAUCAAGCAGACCCGUCCAGAUAUCCAGGUUAUCUCAUACGAUGACGUCAUUGCUCUCGGAAAGGCCAACCGCGACAUUCCUCAGGUCCCACCAAAGGCAGACAACUUGUCAUGCAUCAUGUAUACCUCUGGUUCUACUGGAACUCCGAAGGGAGUUGUUUUGACCCACCGCAACAUUGUGGCAGGCUUGGGCGGUAUUUCUGUGGUUAUUGACCGCAGCACUGUUACCACCGACGACCGUGUGAUUGCAUUUUUGCCUUUGGCCCAUAUCUUUGAGCUUGCUUUUGAGCUUAUUGGUUUCUGGUGGGGUGGAUGUGUCGGUUAUGCAGCUGUUAAGACGUUGACCGAUGCCUCGUGUAAGAACUGUCUUGGUGACAUGCGUGCCUUUGAGCCAACUGUAAUGGUUGGUGUUGCUGCAGUUUGGGAGUCUGUCCGCAAGGGUAUUUUGGCCAAGGUGGAACAGACGCCAUCGAUCACGCAAAAGGUGUUCUGGGCUGCAUACAAGGCAAAGCUUGGUAUGAAAAAUUGGCACAUCCCCGGUACUUCGCUGAUCGACACAUUAAUUUUCAAGAAGGUCAAGGCUGCUACCGGUGGUCACCUUAAGCUGCUGCUCAACGGUGGGUCUCCAAUCAGUGGAGCCACCCAGAGGUUCAUUUCCAAUUUGAUUGCUCCGAUGCUUGUCGGUUAUGGUCUCACGGAAACCGUGGCUAACUGUACCAUCCUGGACCCUGACCACUUCGAGUACGAUGUGGCAGGUGCCCUUCUCGGCUCGAUCACCGUAAAGCUGGUAGAUGUUCCUGAUGCAGGAUACCUUGCCAAGAACAAUCAAGGUGAGGUGCUGAUCAGAGGUCUGCCUGUGUUUUCGGAGUACUAUCGCAACCAGAAGGAGACUGAUGCCGCAUUUGCGUACGACCGUGAAUGGUUCUCCACCGGCGACAUUGGUGAAUGGACUGAAUCAGGUCAGCUCAAGCUGAUCGACCGUAAGAAGAACCUGAUCAAGACUCAGAACGGAGAAUACAUUGCCCUUGAGAAGCUUGAGAGCACGUACCGUUCAAACGUCCACGUGGCUAACAUUUGUUGUUAUGCCGACGAAACCAAGGUGAAGCCAGUUGGAAUUGUCGUACCUAACGAGAAGGUGUUGAAGGACUUGGCUGUUCAAAUUGGCAUCAUAAAGAAUCCUGAAGACAAGUCCUUAGCCGAGCUUGUGACAAACAAGAAGCUCUGCAAGGCCGUCAACAAGUCUCUGCUUGAGACUGGAAGACAGCACGGUCUUGCUGGUAUCGAGCUUAUCCUUGGCUGUGUUCUUCUUGACGAGGAGUGGACCCCGGAGAAUGGAUACGUCACCAGUGCUCAAAAACUGCAGCGUAAGAAGAUCUUGCAGCAUUCCAAGGACCGUAUUGACCAGUUGUAUGCUGAGAACAGUUGA